UAUGACGGCCUCCAACGUCAGGAGGACGUAGCUUCCUGUCUGGCCGUUUUGGUUAGCUAUUUCUUUAACUGUCUAUUGUUGAUGCUUUCCUAAAAUGGCGGCGGCUUUAGUAGCAACUUCUUCAGGCAAAGAUGCUUUAGCCGAAGGGUUGCUCGACCUCCUAAGACCAGCUAUUCAGCAGCUCGAUUUGCAUGUACACUCAGUCAGAGAAAGCCAGGUAGAAUUGAGAGAACAUAUAGACAAUCUGGCCACAGAAUUAUGCCGGAUAAAUGAACAUCAGAAGGUGGCGCUAGACCUGGACCCUUAUGUAAAGAAGCUGCUGAAUGCCAGGCGAAGAGUAGUGCUAGUAAACAACAUACUGCAGAAUGCCCAGGAACGUCUGAGGCGACUCAACCACAAUGUGGCCAAAGAGACGGCACGAAGAAAGACCAUGCUGGAGGCUUCAGGAGUGUUCACAUCCCGCUCCCCCAGUAAACCCUGAGCCUCCUCCUCCGUCAAUUGUCCUGCACUGCGUUGUCUGAUGUUGCCAUAAUAAAAAUUUGGGUUGCUAUAUGUUUACUGUUAGACAGUUGCAAAAUGUU